CCUGUUUGCUGGUGUUCGCGGGAGUUGUUGCUGCGCGACACAUCUGCGGCGGCGUGUUGCCGAGCAACGACGGAUUUAACACAAGGCAAAGACGCGAUGGCGGCGAUAGUUUCGACUCGCACAUGACUACACUUAUCUUUCUAAAGAAUCCAGUGCAGCAUGAACUACGUCUGUAUCAGGUCUUUAUCAGACAAAGAAAAUAUCUUACCUCCUGAUGUUUUCAACAAGAAAUUGAAAACGGCAGAUAAAAACGGCUCAGUGAGCAGAUCCACUGCAGACCGCUUAAACCAUUAUAGUGAAAGAGAUGAGCAGCACAAAAUAAAGCGACUGAAGAGCCGGAGGGAGAGGAGCCAGAUGAGAGUGAAAGAAGCUUCAAAGUACAAAUCACAUCGACAUCACUGCCGUAGUAAGAUCAGUAAAGACUUGGCACAUGUCCAUAACUGCUGUCAUAGUAGCUGUCAUUGUCCUUCAAGGAGAGAUGUGCUGUUUCCAAAUGUCGUUCCUGCAGCACAAGAGCCCAGUAUCAUCACAGACAGUCGCCUGACAGGACACCAAGGUCUGUUCAACCAUGAGGUGAAGUCUAUCGCCAUUGAACGCUUGUUAGGUAAGCAGGGGAAACUGGAGAAAAGUGGACAGCAAGUACAAGAAAAGAGCAAUGCUACUUCACGCCUAUCUUCAACACCUCCUGUUGCGUCUCCAUUGUCUGUUAACGAUCUGUUGGGUGCUGAUACUGAUGAAGUUAUGCUAUUUGAAAAAAAAGCAGACCCCGCUACAAAGACCCAUGAUGAUUGCCAGGACGAAGCAAAGAAAAUCAGUCAGGGGUCAGAUAUUACACCAGGGCAGAGACCACAGCAACAGCUUGUUCUUUCAUCUGGAAGCAUUCCCUCAUCUAAACGCACCUCAGUGGAUGCAGCAGUAAGCAGUAAGACCUGGAAGACAAACCCUGGCAUGUCUGAAAAACGCAGAGAGGCACAGGUGACUCCCACUGUUGACAGAAAACAUGUGAAGACAUUAAAUAAGAGGGUGAAGGGAAACAUAAAUUCUACUCUGGAGCACACCCCAAAGAGCCAGAAGCCACCAGUCCAUCAACCUCAUGGUCUCAACCCAACCCCACUUCAGCUCUCCAGCUCGCACACUGCAGACAGCUUUGUCAUACAGUACAGAAGACAAGAUCCAAACUCUGUAUCUAAGUCUGUCAGUACAGUGGCAGCACGUUUGUGUGACACUCUGCAGUUCCCACUUCUAACAAGGAGAAGCCUGGUGGCAGAGACCAGGGAGGUGCUGUUGAAAGCUCUUCGGGAGUGGCAUGGACCCCAGCUUCAGGAGAACCUCCUCGAGGUGCAGCGAUGCCUCAGCUUUGGCACUGAUCACACAAAGGAAGUCCAGAAUCAGGAGCCAACCAUGGUAGAAAAAGAUGAGCUUCUGCAUGCAGAUGCGUUCCCAACAGUCUUUCAAGCCAUAACUGCUAGACCGUCACGUUUUGACAUGCAGGAAACCACAGCUCUCAAAAUUACAAGAAAUAGGCAUUUUAACUUGAAGUCCAGCCCACAGCUACACCACAAUCUAAAUCAGACUGCUGAAUGGUUGACAAGCCCUGUGCAGCCUUCUGUCGGCCUUUUGGAUGAUCUCCUCAGACCGACUCGCUCUCCUCAGCUCUGCAUGGACUUUGAGUCCUCUGGAGUUACAGCCAGCAAUCAUUUAUUUGCACCCUCUCCGACCUCAUGCUGGGCAGAAGAAGCCUCAGCAUCUCCGCACUGGGGCAACAUAUUCAACAGGCCGAAGAGCAAAGAGGCUGUUAUGUUUGGUUCUUUUGAAAACAACUAUAUAAACCACAGAAGAGCAGUUACAGAGAGGAGCAGGGGAUCUCAAUACAACAAUGACAACGUCCAGCCUUACUUUUCUUACCAAGCACAGCUGCCUGACAGACAUGCAGCUCAGCCAGUACAUUUUCCUCAGGAGCGAGGCCGAUUUGAAACCGACAGAUACUCGCUGGCUCCCUCCUUUUCUGCCCAAAGUCACUACCCUCAGCAGCACAACAAUUUCCAGCCUUUCAGCCAAUUCAGUCACUCUUCAUCCUGUCCUCCCCUCAGGUCCCACCACACUGACAUGAUGCAUUACCCGCCAUCUCACAUGCUUGAAAGAGACCCUGCACCUCCCCUUUCUUCUUUCACGAGCCCUGAGCACUGGUCCUUCCCUCCUAUGAGACUCUACUAAUGUGUGUUGAAGCUCUGCAUAGAGAAUAAUCUAGCAAUAGCAAUAGCUGAGCUCAAGAGUAAACUCUUAUUUUGUCCCAUUUAUGCUGAGUUAAAGAAACACACAAUUAUGUAUUGUUUGCCUCCAUGGAGCAUUUUUAAUAUGCAGAAUUGUAUAUUAACACAUCUUUGUUAAAGAAUUUUAGCUAACAAUACCCUAUUGUGAAAGCUGUUUGAUAUUUUGUUGUGUGUGUGUGGGGGGGCUAAAUUUAAAUGCAAGAAAAUACAUUUGUACAAUUGUGCAAUAGAGACAUGCAAUAUCAUUGCUAAAUAUACAAUAAACUGAGCACAAUA